AUGGUAGAACACGCCGAAUACAUAGCCAGGCACAUCGACACAGACCUCUGCUUCUGGAGACGCCUGGAUGUUGACAACGGUGUCCAAGUCGACCUUACCAAGGGCAAACCGGAUGAUAAGCUCAAGAAAAUGCAGGUGCUGGCUGAGAUGCAUAAGGUGCAGGUGCAAGAUAUCCGGGGGCAGGAAUCGUCCUACACCCUUGACAAGAACGGAUUCGUAUACCUGUUGCAUGAAAUGCCUGAGCUCGCCAGGGUCUCGGACAAAGAGCAUGUUAAGGAUACGAUCAUCCCUCAGACGGAAUCGUUAGUUCGCAAAAUAACUGGUGCUACCAGGACAGUCACAUUUGCGCAUCGGGUUCGGUUCCUCGCAGAAGAUGGGGCCUUGCUCGCUAGCAACCGCGCCCCGGCGCACAGCGUGCACUCGGAUUUCACGACUAGGGGUGCACUUCACAACCUAAAGAGGCUUGUUCCGGACAAGCGGGAGCGUAAGCGUCUCCUCGCUGGCCGAGUCUUGAUUAUCAAUGUCUGGCGGCCAUUGAAAGCCAUCCAGAGAGACCCCCUCACGGUUUGUGACUGGAGAUCUGUUAAUAUCCAAGACGAGGGUAUCCCCACUCGUUUAACGCUGCCAAAUGGGUGGAAUGAACUCGGGCGGUAUGCGUUUAGUCCGAGUCAGAGAUGGUAUUAUCUCGGCGGUCAACAACCCAAUGAACCUCUCAUUUUUACGCAAUUCGAUAGCUCCAAAGUGGAUGAGGGAGGAUUCACAGUACCGCACAGUGCGUUUGUUGACCCAGAAUUUAGUGACUUCGCUGCAAGGGAGAGUCUAGAAAUCAAGAUGUUUGCAUUUGUUUAG